UCCACUUGUUGAUUAUCAAAGAGAGUUGAAGGAAAUGAAUUGUGAAACUUCUCGGUGUGCUACCCUACAGUACUGUCCCGACCCAUACAUCCAGCGGUUUGUAGAAACCCCAGCUCAUUUCUCUUGGAAAGAAAGUUAUUACCGAUCCACUAUGUCACAGAGCACACAGACAAAUGAAUUCCUCAGUCCAGAGGUCUUCCAGCAUAUCUGGGAUUUUCUGGAACAGCCCAUAUGUUCUGUUCAGCCCAUUGACUUGAACUUUGUGGAUGAGCCAUCAGAAAAUGGUACAAGAAACAAGAUCGAGAUUAGCAUGGACUGUAUCCGCAUGCAGGACUCGGACCUCAGUGACCCCAUGUGGCCACAGUACACGAACCUGGGGCUCCUGAACAGCAUGGACCAGCAGAUCCAGAACGGCUCCUCGUCCACCAGCCCCUACAACACAGACCACGCGCAGAACAGCGUCACGGCGCCGUCGCCCUACGCGCAGCCCAGCUCCACCUUCGAUGCCCUCUCUCCGUCCCCCGCCAUCCCCUCCAACACCGACUAUCCGGGUCCGCACAGCUUCGACGUGUCCUUCCAGCAGUCCAGCACCGCCAAGUCGGCCACCUGGACGUAUUCCACUGAACUGAAGAAACUGUACUGCCAAAUUGCAAAGACAUGUCCCAUCCAGAUCAAGGUGAUGACUCCACCUCCACAGGGCGCUGUCAUCCGUGCCAUGCCUGUCUACAAGAAAGCUGAGCAUGUCACCGAGGUGGUGAAACGGUGCCCCAACCACGAGCUGAGCCGUGAAUUCAAUGAGGGACAGAUUGCCCCUCCCAGUCAUUUGAUUCGAGUAGAAGGAAACAGCCAUGCGCAGUACGUAGAAGACCCCAUCACAGGAAGACAGAGUGUGUUGGUACCUUAUGAGCCACCCCAGGUUGGCACUGAAUUCACGACAGUCCUGUACAAUUUCAUGUGUAACAGCAGUUGUGUUGGAGGGAUGAACCGCCGUCCAAUUUUAAUCAUUGUUACUCUGGAAACCAGAGAUGGGCAAGUCCUGGGCCGACGCUGCUUUGAGGCCCGGAUCUGUGCUUGCCCAGGGAGAGACCGGAAGGCGGAUGAAGACAGCAUCAGGAAGCAGCAGGUGUCGGACAGCGCAAAGAACGGUGACGGUACGAAGCGCCCUUUUCGUCAGAACACACAUGGCAUCCAGAUGACAUCCAUUAAGAAACGGAGAUCCCCAGAUGAUGAGCUGUUAUAUUUACCAGUGAGGGGCCGUGAGACCUAUGAAAUGCUGCUCAAGAUCAAGGAGUCUCUGGAACUCAUGCAGUAUCUGCCUCAGCACACGAUUGAGACCUACAGGCAGCAGCAACAGCAGCAACACCAGCAUCUACUUCAGAAACAGACCUCGAUGCAGUCUCAGUCUACAUACGGUAACAGCUCCCCACCUCUGAACAAAAUGAACAGCAUGAACAAGCUGCCUUCCGUGAGCCAGCUUAUCAACCCUCAGCAGCGCAACGCCCUCACCCCUACAACCAUUCCUGAUGGCAUGGGAGCCAACAUUCCUAUGAUGGGCACCCACAUGCCAAUGGCUGGAGACAUGAAUGGACUCAGCCCCACCCAGGCCCUCCCUCCCCCACUCUCCAUGCCAUCCACCUCCCACUGCACUCCCCCACCUCCGUACCCCACAGAUUGCAGCCUUGUCAGUUUCUUAGCGAGGUUGGGCUGUUCAUCAUGUCUGGACUAUUUCACGACCCAGGGGCUGACCACCAUCUAUCAGAUUGAGCAUUACUCCAUGGAUGAUUUGGCAAGUCUAAAAAUCCCUGAACAAUUCCGACAUGCCAUCUGGAAGGGCAUCCUGGACCACCGGCAACUCCACGACUUCUCCUCCCCUCCCCACCUCCUGCGGACCCCGAGUGGUGCCUCUACCGUCAGUGUGGGCUCCAGUGAGACCCGGGGCGAACGUGUUAUUGACGCUGUGCGCUUCACCCUGCGCCAGACCAUCUCCUUCCCACCCCGCGAUGAGUGGAAUGACUUCAACUUUGACAUGGAUGCUCGUCGCAACAAGCAACAGCGCAUCAAAGAAGAGGGGGAGUGAGCACUACCAUGUUAACUCCUCCCAUGCUCUCCCUGUCUGUCUUUCUGUCUGCCUUCUUACAAGGCACUAGUGCUUGACCUUCAAAGUGUCCUCCCUAGCUCCUCUCCUUCCUCUUCUCAGUCUGGCUUCUUAAGGGAAGAAGUAAGAGGUUAUCUUUGAUCUAAUGUCCAACCUGGCACCUGAUUCUGAUUUUGGCUUUAAGCCUUCAAAUCUAUUGCUUGCAGAACUGAAGUUAUCAUGGCUAGGUGGAAGUGAGCAAAAGAGCAGUGGGUAUCUCCUUAAGCUGCAAAGAUUUCUCAUUGACUUUUAUAAAGCAUUUUCACCCUUAUAGUCUAAGAC